AUGGCAAGCGAUUCAUCUCAGUCACAUGUGCUAAAGUGUCAGAAUUGUCAUCUUCCCUUACAGAUCGACUCGUCAUUAGAAAAUUUGAGUCCAUCACAACAGAAUUUACUAUUGAACACAAGAGGCGAUUAUGUGAUACGGGGCCACAAGACGGUUCAUUAUGAUAUACCCCCGAUUAAGAAUGUUGAGGAUAUUCGUUUAAAGGAUCAGAAUGCCAAAAUUGUAGACUCUUACGUGUAUUUGGAUAAAGAAGAAGCUCAGAUGGAAAAUGAUGAAGAUACUACUAAGACUUUGUCUACACAGAUUAAUACGUUGACUAAUAUGUUCAAUAUACUCUCUUUGAAAAGUACUAUUGAUUAUCCAAUAUGUCAGGACUGUUAUAAAGUCAUUAUUUCGAAAUUGAAGAAUGACUACGAUAAUGCAGUUAAGGAAAGAGAUACUUAUACGGGAUUUCUCAAUAAAUUGGAGAGAGAGGAAUCAAACAAACGUACUGAUCACAGAGAUAACGGCAAGGAUGGAUCAGAAAAAUUGCACGUCGAAAAGGAGAAAUUAUUGCAACAAUUAAUUGAAUUAGAAAAGGAAGAUGAGAUGUUAGAUAAUGAAAUUUUAAGUUUACAGAAAGAAUUGCAGAUACGAAAGGUUCAAGAGAAUGAAAGACUAAGUCACGAAAAUUUGAAACAACUACAAAAAUUAGAAUUUGAUAAGGAAAUACAAAUUUUACAGAGUCAAUACAAUUUUGCUCUGAACAAUUUGGAUAUCUUGAGAAAGACAAAUAUUUAUAAUGAAACUUUCAAAAUUUCACAUGAUGGUGCAUUUGGAACAAUAAAUAAACUCAGAUUGGGUAGUUAUAGUGAUUACCCCGUUUCAUGGAAGGAAAUCAACGCCGCCAUAGGCCAAGUCAUUUUACUGUUAGCUACCAUUACAACUAGAUGUAAAUGUAAAUUAACCGGAUACAGAUUACAACCUAUGGGCUCAUUCUCUAAGAUUUUGAAAUUUGAUGAUAAUUUACAAGAUUGGUCGAUUUUUGAAGCUUAUAAUGAUGAUAAUUUUAAAGUUAGCAAGCUCUUCAGGAAAGAAACUAGUUUCGAUAAAGCUUUGGAAUGCAUCCUAGAUAUUAUUCAACAGGUAGCUCUCUCCGUGACUAAACCAACAAACGAUCCUGAUAACCAAUCAAACCAUAACUCUACUAGUGUCUUUGAUUCGAAUUUAGAUAAUACUGAUAAUCAAGCGUUACCAUACGUUAUGUUUAGAGGAAAGAUAAAUGGAUUGCCGGUGAAAUUGUUUAGUGGAGAGCCAAAUCUACAAUGGACAACGGCCAUGAAAUUUCUUCUAACCAAUGUAAAAUGGUUACUUGCGUUCUCAUCUAGUAAAUUAACCACAGCACAAGUACACAACGACGGUGGAAACACUACAUAA